AAGCAAUCUACAAUUGAAAAGCAUUGAUUCUCCAUGCUUGGCAAGCGUCAAACAGUUAAAUAAGUCAGCUGAAAAGCAUAUAUGUGGAGUGUAAAAACUCAGUUGGUGACUAUAAUUGCAUCAGUAUCAUUUGUUAUAAACUAUAAUACACAAAAUUAUGCCACAGCAUUCCUAAAAGAAUUCCCUCAUUCUGCAAGAGCAUCCAUGACUUGUUGCAGAACUUUGACUUGAUUAGUACCGCUUUCCAAUUUUUUCCACAUCUUGUGCUAGACAACCAGAUUUCAAUGGGAUACCACUACCACAUAGCCUUUAGCCAUACGUAAUAUGCUUGGCAUGGUUUCUCUUCAGAUAUAAGAAAAGUCUAGAAAAGAAAAUAUUCCUUUUAGCUUUACAGCCUCCAAAUAUGCCAAAGGAAUUUGUUCUCUCUUUUUUUAUCAGAUAGCUUCUCUCACACUAUAAGAGAAAACCCACAAAAUUCUCUCCCCCAAAGCCUCAAAAAAUUUCAGUCUUUCUAAUUAGCAAAUGGCUAGUUCCAGCAAGAAGAUUGAGGUUAAAACAGAUGAUCAGACUCCACGUAAAUGGUGUGUUUCACUGGGAGAAGAUAAUUUCAAAAGAUUCUUCAACCAGGCUAAUCCAACAGUGCAUAAGGUUUUUGGUGAUGGAUCACUUUUCAGUCCAAUGUUGUUUGGGAAGUUCUUUGAUCCUUCUGAUGCCUUCCCUCUGUGGGAGUUUGAGUCAGAUGUGUUGUUAUCUCAUCUAAGGAGCUCCAACCAAAGCACUGUGGAUUGGCAUCAGAGAGAUGAUGGAUAUCUACUAAAAGCAGAAAUACCAGGAACUGGGAAAAACCAUAUUGAAGUCCAUGUUGAUCACAAAGGGAAGGUUGUGGAAAUCAGCGGACAAUGGAAGCAGCAGAGAGACUCAAAUGAUUGGAGGUGUGGCCAUUGGUGGGACUGUGGAUAUGUAAGAAGGAUUGAGAUGCCAGAGGAUGCAGAUUGGAAGAACAUAGAAGCUUACUUGUAUAAUGACACAUUUUUAGAAAUACGAAUACCGAAGAAGCAACAGGGUUGUGAUGUUGCACAGGGAAAGAAUGUGGCUUAAACAAUGCAGAAGCUACUAGACUGUGUUACCAUCAUCUAGUAGCAUCUUCUAUGCAAAUUGAUAAUGAUAUCUAACAUUUAACAUACUUUUAACUCUCCUGUCUAAUAGUUGGCCUUUUGAAUUUUGAUGAUGUAAAAUAUAUAUAGAAGAAGGGAAUAAAAGGAAAACUGUGGUGUGAA